AUGGACCAACCCGCUGAGCCCAACACGGCAGCCAUGCACCAUGUGCAACGCCGCCGAGGUUCUGUUGGUACUACUCAGCUGUUCGAUAACAUCGUCUCUACGUCCAACUUCGAUCGUGAUGAAGUGGACCGCCUGCGCAAACGUUUCAUGAAGCUCGAUAAGGAUGCUUCGGGCACGAUCGACCGUGAAGAGUUCCUUUCCCUCCCCCAGAUCUCCUCCAACCCAUUGGCCACCAGAAUGAUCGCCAUCUUUGAUGAGGACGGCGGUGGCGAUGUCGACUUCCAAGAAUUCGUGACUGGUCUGUCGGCCUUUAGCUCCAAAGGUAACAAGGAAGAGAAGCUGCGCUUUGCCUUCCGGGUCUAUGACAUUGAUCGCGACGGCUACAUUUCCAACGGCGAGCUGUUCAUCGUGCUCAAGAUGAUGGUGGGCAACAACCUGAAGGAUAUCCAGCUGCAACAAAUCGUGGACAAGACCAUCAUGGAGGCCGACAAGGACGGCGAUGGCAAGAUCAGCUUCCAAGAAUUCACCCACAUGGUUGAGAGCACAGAUGUCAACCUGAGCAUGACCCUGAGUACGUUCCUCGGCGCUUCUAUCGAGCCGAUUGGGUGCUGA